AUGACUGACAAUCCACCCCCUCCCGAUUAUUCCCGCCCCCAGUUUCCUGCCCAUAGCGAACCGCGAGUAUGGCUUAUCACUGCAGGAGACUCGCCCAUUGGGAUAUCGGUCACCCGCCAGGUUCUUAAGCACGGAGACUAUGCGUUAGUCGGACUGGCGCAUACGUACUUGGACCUGGACGAAUGCCGUCGCGAGGCGUUCGGGGAGUUCCUGGCUGAAGUUGAGAGUCACCGCGGCGAAGGAUGGGUGGAACGUUUCAAGACAGUCCCUUUGGAUAUCAGAAUGAUAGGGCAAUGUCAAGCCUUGGUCGCCGAGGCAGUCGCAGCAUUCGGCAAGGUAGACAUCCUACUCUGCUGUACUAGCCAGACCCUUGUCGGCGCAGUAGAGGAGCUUGCAGCUUCUCAGCAAACCUUGAACCUGGUCAAGGAUCAGUUUGAAACCAAUUACUUCGGUCCUCUGAACAUCAUCAAAGCAACGCUGCCUCACAUGAGGAAGCAGAAAUCCGGUCAUAUCAUGAUUCUUUCUAGCAUUACUGCCCACAUCGGUACACCGGGCCUUGGGAUGUACUCCGCCGCUGGUUGGGCCCUGGAGGGAUUUUGCGAUGUAAAGCCUUGCAUACGAAAUCGCCCCAUUCAACGUGAAGCUCACAAUCUUCCAAUGCAGCAUCGAAAUUGGUAUCCUGACAAACUUGGUCACCAGUGUGCCUCCCAUAGUUCCAGCGUACUCUCCUGCUGUCAAUCAUGCCCCUUUGUUCCGUGGUAUAUUGAACAGACUGGUUACUCGCCUGCCCCACCAACAGACUCAGGGCACGGAGAACGGUCCCCAAAACUCAAAUCGAGUCAGCUCUGCUGA